CUAAAGAAGAUUUUUUGAGUUAAUAAAAACACUUUCGUGUCCGCACUUUUGUUAUUUUCCUUCCAAUUUUAUUUGCCUUCCUUUAUUAUGCUUUAAGAAUCUAAUAAGCUUCUCCUCAGUUACCCCAUCUUCGGCGAAUCCAGUAUUCGAAGAUGAAUUCGACUCCGACGCUUCGUGUUCACCGGAAAGUUUAAUUGCUUUCCAUCGAUUUCACCGGCGACUAACUCAAUUUCCCGGUGGCUCUGUGCGUUUGAGUACGGUUUGCGAUGGGGACUGUGGGUGGAAAUGUUAAGGACUGCAGAGAGAUGUUUGAAGGCAGUGCUGCUCAGACAAGGAUCACACCUUUCUCUUCAACAAAUCAGAUUAAGAAUCCUGUUGCCUACAAGCUUGUCCGGGUUGCAGGAGAUGGGAGACUAGUGCCUGCAACCGAUGAAGAAAUUUUUAAGGUCAAUGAGACGGAUAUGCAUACUGCGUCAGAUGCUUGUCAGAGUGUAGGCUCCCUUUCCGCCCAAGGGUUACCUUCUCAGUUACCCCAACUAGAAGAAACUUCUCAAGGUUUAUUGCAGUCUGGAUGUGUGGAACCAUAUACAGAGCAGGUGAAUUCUCAACCUGAGUAUAACGAGCAGAUGUUGCAAAAGGUCGAACAGGAUGAGAGACUUGCCAUGGUACAUAGUCCUCACAUGCUUUCUGCUCCAGAUGCCAACAGCCAGUGUUGUAAUGAAACCAGUAUGUUUAAUGAGGAUCAUGUCCACCAUGAACCUUCGCUGCAGCAACCCAUUCCUUUCUCAUCAGAUGUUCAGAACGGAUGCAAUGUGGAUCAAUCUAAUACGGUUGAACCAUGCUCAAACGCAGCAGCUAGUCCAAAAGAAACUGCAGCGCCUCCUGCUGAUGCUCAAAGACCUGAUUUUUCUUUAGUUAGAGGUGAGAUAUGCUUGAAUAAUUUACCUAUUAAGGCACUGCAAGAAACAUUCAAGGCAACCUUUGGCCGUGAGACGACUGUUAAGGACAAGACUUGGCUGAAAAGGAGGAUUACAACGGGACUUACUAAUUCCUGUAAUGUACCAACCACUAACCUGACAAUUAAAGAUAAAAAACUAGUUGGAAAUCAAGACAAGGCCAAUGAUGCACCACCUUCUAGUACUGAUAAUUCGAAUGGACAUUCAAAUGCUUCUGGCCAUAGUCUCACUGAAGAUUUUUCCAGUGAAGAGAGGGCUGCAAAAAGGGUUAGGAAACCUACACGAAGAUACAUUGAAGAACUUUCAGAAAACGAUGAGAAACAGCCAGUGGUUACUUCAAAAGAUCAGAAGCUAUCAGAAAAAUCUGAUGUGAGGUCUAUUAGCGUCUCCUUAGGGACGAGAGUCACCGUCACCAGGGUGGUGUCCCUUGCUGGAUCUGAAAUUGAGGUUCCUUAUGUUUCUCUUGUCCGGAGAAGCCGUCCAAGAGAGAACAUCAUGGCUCUUAUGGAAUGUCACUCCAGUUGCUUGGAGGCAAAAGCUAGUUCAGGAGAGAGUAACAUGCUAUACAGUGAAGUGCUAAAGUCGGCUUCUGGACCAGACCAGAAAGAAUCAGCUACAAGUAGCAGCAACAAUGAGGAGGAUGUUCUCACUGAGGUUGAUCAAGACAUGGAGACAGAGAACAUAGACUCAUCUGGAAAUAGCUCAGAUGACAAUAAUAACAUUGGCUUGCCAACGAUGCAAGGUGGUGGACUUAGAAGGAAGCAUCACCGAGCUUGGACUCUAUCUGAGGUUACACAAUUAGUAGAAGGUGUAGCCAAGUAUGGAGCUGGGAAGUGGUCUGAAAUCAAAAAUCUUUCGUUUUCAUCUCAUUCGUACCGUACCCCUGUAGAUCUCAAGGACAAAUGGCGAAAUCUUCUUCUGAGAACAAACUUUGCUCAGAGUCCCUCAAACAUUAUGGGAAGUCUCAAGAAACAUGGAUCGAUGCACAUUCCUAUGCAGCUUCUGUUGCAGGUAAGGGAACUCGCGGAGAAGCAAGCACUGGUCCCACGGAAUCACCGAUAAAAUAAGAUUAUUCGAGAUGAGGAAACAAGAUCCAACUCCUUGUAGCUGAGUUUUGUAAAAUAGCAACCAAGUAAGGAAGAUGAGAAAUGUGAGAUAAGAUGCAGUUUUUGCUGACUUGUGUAACUUUUAUAAGCUUUGGUCUAAAACUGUGGUAUUGGUCUAAAGAUGAAACUGAUCUUGGUUUCAUA